UCGGGACUCGCACACAGACUGCGCUGAGGAGAGAGCGUCUCGAAGCGGCUAUGAAACGUCCCGCGAGCCCUACACAUUCCCCGGAUUCUACCAUUCCCAUGUGUGAGGGCGGACAGACGGACACCCUGGAACUCCAGUCAAGAAGGGAGAAAAGGCUGCCGUCCUUCACCCUGUGCGAAGUCUGCAACAUCCAAUUGAAUUCGGCCGUACAAGCGCAGAUCCAUUAUAAUGGCAAAUCCCACCAGAAGCGGCUCAAGCAGAUCAACAGAGGCAGAAGCCCCUCCAUUCACGGCGGCCAUUGUUAAAGUCCUCCAUCAUGAAGACCGGCAAAGAUUGAAAGAAUCCCCUUUCAUUGGACUGGUGAUUGAUGAGACCGUGGAUAUAGUAGAGCACAGAAAUCUGGUGGUAUUCGCAACUUCAGUAUCUCCAUGUGAUGGGCAGCUCCACAUCACUUUCCUGGGAAGGUUUGAGUUGCCUUCAGGAGAAGCCAACUGUAUAAAUGACAAAGUGUUGGAGGUACUGAACGAGUUCCAUGUACCGCUAAAAAAGGUUGCUUGGCUUAGCUCUGAUGGUUCCUCUCUGAUGAUUGAUAGGGUUAAUGGCGUUGGAGAGAAACUACGAUCCAUUUGCCCGCUGAUGACACAACUUCACUGCAUCUUUCACAGAAGGGCGUUGCUUCCAGCCGAGAAUUUUCUAAGCGCUGAGUAUGCGAGUAAAUAUGAAAGUAUUAUGGACGCGGUGUAUAGACUAUAUGGGAACAAGAAUGGGGAGAACCAAACCUUCCAGGAAUUGCAGAAUGUACUUCAGUUCUGUAGUAUAGACCUAAACAGUGCCGAUGCAGUUCAUUGGACGUCUAUAUUGCCUGCAGUGGAAACCAUUGAUUCCUCCUGGCCUACGUUAGUUCUUUUGCUUGAAAGCGAAUCGACAACGUCUCCCAUAGCCAAUGGACUAUGUGCAGAACUGAAGAAGUUCUGGUUUGUGGCUUUCACUAAGGUCUUGUUGGACAUAUUACCCAUCUUUCAAAAAUUAAACCAGUUCUUCCAGAUCGAGGAGCUGGACGUGUCCAUGGUCAACCCCAUAGUCUCAGCAUCUCAGGCGACGUUAUUGGCCCAAAAGUCCACAAGUGGUCAGAACUUUCAGGAAUUUCUUAACGAACUGAACGAGCAUCCUGGUGAGGACAACGAAAGCAGGUUCUACUAUAAAGGGGUGGAGUUAGCAGACUGCUCCAAAUCGAAGCUGAAAAGCUUUGAGCAACUUAAAGAGGCCUGCCUUGAGAAUGUGUGCCGGAGCCUGCAGGACAGGUUCCCUAGCAACGUGCUCAAGGUCAUCAGCUCGUUUUCCAUUGUUUUCAACCCAAAAUGUUACCCUUCAUCAUUGGAUGACAUAGGAACCUACGGAGAAGAGGAGCUUCGGCACCUUCUGCAGAGCUUCUCUCACAUGUUGGUGGCGGAAAGAGCCUCGAACGACUUUGCUCUCUUUAAACGCAUCGUUUUCAGCCUCAGCCACCUAACCUUUCGGGAUAUUUGCGUCAAGUUGAUUCACAGCAGUUCCGAGAUGCACGAGCUCUUUCCCGAUUUCACCGUUCUGGCGGCGAUCGUCUUGGUCCUUCCUCUGGGAUCUGCACUCUACGACAAAAUCAACCGGGCAGAGGACCUCUGGAAACAAAGCCACCGACAGGGGGGGGCAGACGGAGGCCUGAGCGACGUUCUAAAGAUCAGCAUUGACGGACCGGCCCUUAAUGAAUUGGAUUUUGCCAGAGCCAUUGACUACUUUGAAGACAUGAGGCAGACGGAACCGUUCGCUACUGAGGAGAAGUGGGAAAUGGUGCAUCUGAGGAAGUAGCCACCGACGGAUCCCAUUGAAACACGUGGCUUGGCACACACAGGGGGAUCGUAUGUGGCAUUUUGUGCACCUUGGGAAACGACUGUGCAAAAAAGACUGGAGAAAUGGAGAAAUACCCAUGGUCUGACUGUUCUAAUGCUCCAUAUUCUGGGAUGGCUUCUCAUUCGAAUGUAUUCAUUACAUUUAUAAAAGGGGAGGUUCACCCUUAACUGUUAGUAGGUUAUAGAAAGGCCAGUUCCUAAGCAACUUUUCAAUUGGUCUUCAUUAUUUGUUUUUCAUAGUUUUUGAAUUAUUUGCCUUCUUCUAACUCUUUUCAGGUUUCAGUGACCCCCAUUUGAAAGCUGGAAAGAGGCAAAAGGAAGGCAAAUAAUUCAAAAACUAUAAAUAAUGAAGACCAAUUGAAAAGUUGCUAAUAAUAGGCCAUUCUAUAACAUACUAAAUGUUAUCUGACGCACGUGUAGCUCCGAUGGGAAGACCCCCCCCCCCUCUAGAACACCCUUGUGCCAUUAGGCUGAUUUUUGUCAUUGGUUGAUUCAUUUCCCAGCAGCAUCAGAGAAACCCCAGCAGCUAAUGUGUCCAACCGUUAUAGCCCUGUUAUUGACUGAACAACCAAUGGGAAUGUUCUGCCAGUAACAUGGAUUACAACCUACUGUAUUAAUAUUAUUAUUAUCACAGGAGGAAAUGCAAAACAUGGAGGCCAGUGAGUGCCAUUGGUAGCUUAGCAGCUGAUUGGCUGGCACAUAGCUUUGUGACUCAAAUAAACUGUAACAGUAGUCGCCUGUCCCUCAGCCUGCCUCCUCCCAAUCCCACAAUCCCCUGCUGCACACGUGAUGUCAAUAAGGAAAGGAACAUCCCAGUGCAAUGCAUUGUGGGUUAUGUAGUUCCUGCAUGCUGUCUGUAAGCUGGGGAGAAGUUGUUACAAUUUGUAACAUCAGUGUUUUAGUCCCUCCUCCCCUGCCAGGAUUACAAAUGAUGCAGAAAGAGAAGAACAGUUUUGCAGCUGGAUUUCAGCAUAUAAAAAUGGGAUUUAUUCCUACUGUUUGAAGGAACAGAUUACAGGGAUAGGGAUAUUAGGGGGUUCUGGGUUGUGUGGGGCUCUUUAACACAUUUUGGUUGGGAAGCUGGAGUUCCCCUUUAAAGGGUACUUUGUUUUCUUUCUAUACCAAGUUUGUACCUUCCCAUAGGUUUCCUGCCACCCCAAGUGCAUCAUGGGUACAGAAUAAGCUGCCAUUUCAUUCAGCUGUAAAUAUAGUGGGGUAAGAGGAUUUUCUACAAAGCCAAACGCAGUGUAAAUGAGAGUGCCAUACAGCUGAGAGAUAAAUGUGGUUUAUUUUCCAAAGGGCAUUUUAACUUCCUUCACAUUGUAGCUGUUUGUUGCAUGCACUCUUCUUUUAUUGCAAUAAAAUAUCAUUAUUUCAACA